ACUUCUAUUUUUCCAUCUUGCACUCAACUCGACUCACAAAAGAAAUCUCAUUACCUCUGAAAAUUAAAACUAAAACUUUGUGCAAUUGUUCGGUCCGUCAAUAAAAAAAUAAACUUGUUAUUGCUCGGCUACAAGUUUACGUAACAAACACAAAAAUUACAAAAAAAAACAACUUUUGUGAAGUAUUGCUGAUAAAAAAGAACGAAUGUCAGUGAUAAACUGGAUCGAAAGCUGUUUAGACAAAAAUUCGAAUAAAGUGUUGUGAAGAAAAAGGAAACAUAUCAUUUUAGUCCUCCGAAAAAAAGAUAAACAUCGAAAUUUAAAAGAAAAAAAUUAAAAAUGGCGGAAGCUCCCGGCGUUACGAAUCCCAUGUUGUACGAUCCCAUACCGGAAGGCACACAACAGGCUUCGAAAUUGAUGCAGUUUGUGGCUGCCAUUGGAGUUUGCUUUGCUGCUGUAAGUGCUGGAACCGCAUUAGCUUGGACGGCUCCUGUAUUGCCGCAACUCGGGGAAAACUCGACAACGCUGUCAGUUGAAAAAUCACAAGAGCCAUGGAUCGGUUCGUUCCUCGCUAUUGGCGCGUUUUUCGGUGCCCUUCCUUGUGGUAUCUUGGCUGAGAAAAUUGGACGGAAAUACACGACAAUGUCAUUGGCUCUCCCAUUUUUGAUCAGUUGGGGUCUCAUCGUGUUCGCAAAUGGCGCCGGCAUGUUAAUCGCAGGCAGAUUCUUUGCCGGUCUUGCCACGGGAGCAUCAUGUGUCGUUGCACCGAUGUUUGUGUCGGAAAUCGCUGAAACGAGCAUCCGUGGAGCUCUCGGUGCAUUUUUCCAACUUUUCUUGACGAUUGGUAUUUUGUUCGUUUAUGUCGUUGGUGCGAUCACGAACUGGGUGACUUUGAGUAUUUUGUGUGCGGUGUUCCCAAUUUGCUUGAUUGUGGCAAUGGUUUUCAUUCCUGAAAGUCCAACGUAUUUGGUGAAACAGGGUCGUCGCAUCGAUGCCGGUCUCUCCCUCAAAUGGUUCUGGGGCCAAAACUGCGACACACAAGCCGCCUUGCAAGCGAUCCAAAACGACUUGGAUGCCGUUUCCGCCGACGCCAAAGUCUCCGAUCUCUUCACGGUCGCUGCCAAUCGCGGCGCCUUGCUCGUUUCCCUCAGCCUGAUGUUGUUCCAGCAAUUUUCCGGCAUCAACGCCGUCAUCUUCUACACAGUCGACAUCUUCAAAAGUGCCGGCAGCACUCUCGAUCCCUCACUUUGCUCCAUUAUCGUGGGCAUCGUGCAAGUUUUGAUGACUUUCGCCUCAGCGGUGCUCAUCGAGAAAGCCGGUCGCAAAAUCCUCUUGUUGCAAAGUAGCAUCGUGAUGGGUUUGUGUUUGACGACGCUCGGCGUUUAUUUCCACAUGAAGGAUGGCGGUUCGGAUGUCACGGCAAUUGGAUGGUUGCCACUGGGUGCCGUCGUUUUGUUCAUCGUGAGCUUUUCACUGGGCUUCGGACCGAUUCCGUGGUUGAUUAUGGGAGAAUUGUUUGCGCCCGAUGUCAAGGGAGUCGCGUCGGCACUCGCGGUUAUGUUUAAUUGGACUUUAGUGUUUGUGGUGACGCAGACUUUUGGACCCUUGAAUGACAGCAUUGGAGGCGCGUUCACUUUCUGGUUGUUUGGACUCUUCAUGCUCAUUUGCACGAUCUUCGUACUCAUCAAGGUGCCCGAAACCAAAGGCAAAACUAAUGCACAAAUUCAAGCAAUUCUCUCGGGAUCCAAGUAAAAAAUUGUCGUCUCUCAAAAAAAAAAGCUAUUUAAGGAAAUUUUAUUUAAUUUUUUAAUGUCUAGUUCGAGAUUUAAUUUAAAUGUUAAAAAAAAUACAGAAAAUCGAAGAAUUUUUCUGAACGUGCUUGUCUAAGCUUAAUUAAUUAUAAAUGUUAGCUCCUUUAAUUUUAACGCUCGCAAUGUUAAGAAAAAAAAUGUGUACAUAUUAAAUAAACAACUGAAACAAUGAAAUGGAGAUAAAAUUGCCAUAAAAAUAUAAUAUAGAACCAAAAAGACUAUUAGAUGAGAAUUUAAGCCCAUUUUAGGUCUCUAUAUUAUUAUUAUUAAUUUUAGGUAUAAAUGUUACUAAAAAAGAGAACUUUAGACAAUUUAUUUAAAAAUAUAUUUAAAAAAAAUAUAUUUAAAUAAAAAAUAAUUAAAAAAAAUAUUUUAAAGAGAGAAAACUCCAGUUAUACUCAAAAAAAUAAAAUAAUAAAAUUGAAGAAAAAAAGCAUUGUAAUGUA